ACGCAGAUGAGAGACAGGAGGGUAAGAUCUGACAACAUGGAUUAUUGAAAACAAUUGAGAUUUCAACGAAGUCUUGGGCAACAGCAAACUGCAAACAUGACAAAUGUGUACUCAUUCGAUGGGAUUGUGGUGUUUGGGAUUCUUUUCAUCUGUACAUGUGCAUACCUCAAGAAGGUGCCUCGUCUCAACAGCUGGCUACUCUCUGAGAAGAAGGGUGUGUGGGGAGUGUUCUAUAAAGCUGCAGUGAUCGGGACAAGACUUCACCAUGCUGUGGCGAUUACCUGUCUGUCGAUGGCAUUGUACCUGGUCUUCAUAAAAUGAUUGUCAGGCUAGGAUGGAUCAAACUGGACUGGGAUACAUAGAAUCAGACUGGAGUAACCUAUUCCAGACCAGGCUUGGCUCUGUUUCAGGGAGGUAUCGGGCUGCUCUGGGUUGCCACCCAUGGCCAAAGUUGUGACAAUGUGCCCCCAAGCACCUGCCUAUUCACCCACGACCUGUAAAUGAAAAGGACGGGCCAAUACUACCCCUCUGUGGUAAAAAGGAUCCCUGCAAGACCCAGCUGUCAUCCACUUUACCUUGAGGUUCCACUAAAGAUCUUAACCUUUUCCUCAAUCUAUUCUUCAGACUGACAUUUUUGUUUUGUUCGAUGCUACUAUUUAAUAACUAAACUAGUCACUAAUCCAUUGACUAGUUAAAUCAGGCAUGUUAGUAACGGGCAGAACAAAAAUGCGCAUCCACUUAGUGGAAUGGAUUGGGUACCGCCGUGAUAGAGAUGUGCUAAGCAGUGACAGUGCACUGGUGUGUUGAGCAGUGUCUUAGUAUGAUAGUUAAUAAUAAACCUAUUGUUAUAACCUAGUCACACAAAAUGGUUAAUUCUGGGGGAAACAUCUGAUGUGUAUAUAGAGCCUAAAGGAUGUUGAAAAUAUCAAUUAAUGUAUUUUAUUUAUUGUAUAUAUUUAUUGGGGAAAUUCAUUAUAAUAGAUUUGAAAAGGCUACUUUCUGUAGCACACUAGAGAAUCACAUGCAUUGUUGUUGAGUAUGAAGAUCGUUUGUCUUUUUAAUGCUAGAAUGGUCAUUGUCAUGCGUAUUCAUUACAUUACUUUUCAACAAUCAGGAAAAAAACACUAUGCCAUAGUUAAAAGCUAGUAGAUGAAAAGGUCAUGUACUACACUUGGCCACUGUCAAAUUACUGAUAAAAACUCAUUUAAUUUUUUAACUCUUGGUUUAUUUCUUCAUUUGCAAAAACAAAAAAUAAAUGCUGCAUUAUGUUACAUUUUGUUAAAGCUGCAAUGAGAACCAUUGUCAAUAAAAGCAUGCAGUGUUACUUAUGACAUGACAUGGCAUGUACAGUUGAUGUGUAUAUAUAGUUGGACAAUAUUAUAUGGAGUAGGCAACCAUUAAAGCACUGGUGUAUUUGAUUCUGGUGAGUUAAAUGCUGGAUGGGUAUAGAAUAUCCUGACGUGGUCCCUUUGUAUUGCUUUUACUGUUGUGUACUGUAUACUUUGUUCUGUUAUUUUACUAUUGCUGGAAUUUCAAAUAAACAUCCAAUUAAAGAUUUA